ACAAAAUCAAAGUUAAGCAACAGCAUCUAAGAGCACUUUUUAGGUGGGAAAGAACCUAGAGGAUGGCUCUGAAUGAUUGUUUGCUUUUGAACUUGGAAGUGGACCACUUUUUGCACUGCAACGUCUCCAAUCACAGUGCAGAUCUCCCCAUGAACGACGACUGGUUCCACCCAGGGAUCUUCUAUGUCAUCCCUGCCAUCUACGGGGUCAUCAUUCUGAUAGGCCUCAUCGGCAACAUCACCCUGAUCAAGAUCUUCUGUACAGUGAAGGCCAUGAGAAACGUGCCGAACCUGUUCAUCUCCAGUCUGGCCUUGGGAGAUCUGCUCCUCCUGGUAACAUGCGCCCCCGUGGACGCCAGCAGGUACCUGGCCGACAGAUGGCUAUUUGGCAGGAUUGGCUGCAAACUGAUCCCCUUUAUACAGCUCACCUCCGUGGGGGUGUCUGUCUUCACCCUCACGGCUCUCUCGGCGGACAGGUACAAAGCCAUCGUCCGGCCAAUGGAUAUCCAGGCCUCUCAUGCUCUGAUGAAGAUCUGCCUCAAAGCUGCAUUGAUCUGGGUUAUCUCCAUGCUUCUGGCCAUCCCGGAGGCUGUGUUUUCUGAUCUACAUCCCUUCCAUGAGGAAAGCACCAACCAGACCUUCAUCAGCUGUGCCCCAUACCCACACUCUAACGAGCUGCACCCCAAAAUCCACUCCAUGGCUUCCUUCCUGGUCUUCUACAUCAUCCCACUGUCGAUUAUCUCUGUCUACUACUACUUCAUUGCUAGAAAUCUGAUCCAGAGUGCUUACAAUCUGCCUGUGGAAGGGAAUAUACAUGUCAAGAAGCAGAUUGAAUCCCGGAAACGCCUUGCCAAGACGGUGCUGGUGUUCGUGGGCCUCUUUGCCUUCUGCUGGCUCCCCAACCACAUCAUCUACCUGUACCGCUCCUACCACUACUCCGAGGUGGACACCUCCAUGCUCCACUUCAUCACCAGCAUCUGUGCCCGCCUCCUGGCCUUCACCAACUCCUGCGUGAACCCAUUUGCCCUCUACCUGCUGAGCAAGAGUUUCAGGAAACAAUUCAACACCCAGCUCCUCUGUUGUCGGCCUGGCCUGAUGACCCGCUCUCACAGCACCGGCAGAAGCACGACCUGCAUGACCUCCUUCAAGAGUACCAACCCCUCUGUGGCCACCUUCAGCCUCAUCAAUGGAAACAUCUGUCAUGAAGGGUAUGUCUAG